GAGCAAUGGCUGGGAAAACGGCCUCCUUGGAUGCCAGAUUUGAGUCAAGGCCUCGCGAGUUGAUUCUGACAAAGAAUCUACUCUUUCAGCUGGGAUAUUAUCUCGAAGACGCUCUGACAGCCACUGAUGAAAGAGAGCUAGAAGAAGUGAAGAGAAAUGUAGAUACAUCCAUUGAAAAUCUCGCUUCGAUGGCCAUCGCAAUCCGCCGAACUGGGCGCAAGUCUCGACUUGUCAGAGCGGAUGCGAGCUUCAAUUCUGCCUCGCUAGAUGACUUCAGGAAGCAUCUGGAGUUCAUAGUUCGUCUUCGGCCUACACUGCCCGGUUACAGGCACCCGUCGCAUCACAAGAAUCAUCCUCACUGGUGGCAGAGGCAUCUUAGUGCCAAGCUCAAUCCUCUGCAACAGCGACUCAUCGAAGCGAAUUUGAGACGGAGAAACCGGUUUCUUUACGCUCAGACACUAUCUGAGGCUUUGGCGUCUACUCCAGAGAGCAAGCUAAAAUGGACAGAACCAAAUAACCGUGUUCGGGUAGCUAUGACGCAGAUGAGUCGCGUUACUGGAACAACCUUGUACCCCAACUUAAGAAAGCCGCAACAAUCAGAAGCUCAAGGAAUGGACCAAGACGAGACUGAGUUGCCAAAAAUGCUGAAAUGUCCGUGCUGUUGCGAGGCGAUACCAUCCAGCAUGCUGAAAGUUGAAUCAGCAUGGAAAAAGCAUCUAUCAAAAGAUCUUUGCCCUUACACAUGCAUCGCCACAAACUGCCCAACGCCGCACGUCCUGUACUGCACACGGGCAGAAUGGGAGGAUCACUUAAAGGAACAGCACCCCAAAACCUGGAAAUGCCAGCUCUGCGACGACCCAGGUGAUAUUGUCUUCCACACUGACGACCAACUUCUCGAGCAUGUCAGCGAAGAACACAUGGAUUCAUUCCCAGCAAGUCUUCUCGGAGCAGUGCGCCUCUGGCCUUCCAGUCCCUCCAUUGGACUAAAAUCCUGUCCUCUAUGUUACAAGACGGGGCCUCGAGAUGCGCCAAGCUUAAUCGACCAUGUUUUAGAACACACUCACAGCUUUGCGCUCCGUUCGCUCCCUUGGGCAGACCUCUCAGUUGCCAAUUUUGAAAAGCCC